AUGGAUGACCCUUCGCUGCAACUACUCUCCAAAAUCGGAACGCUCCUCGCCCAAAGAACUCGUCAGAAAAAGGAUAUCAUCGUCAAAUCUCUGCGACAAGCUGCAAAUGCUUUGUGUCAGUUAGAACAGUCUCCUCAGCCACGAACAGCUAAAGAAGUACAAGCUGCUAAGAAACGAGAAGCUGCUUUGGAGCCCCUGGCUAAUGCUGUGGUUCGCGGUCUGCUUCAACACGCAGAUAAGGAAAUUAGGCUUCAGGUUGCCAUAUGUGUUACUGAACUUUUUAGAGUCAAGGCACCUGAACCGCCUUUUGAAGACAAGCAUUUAAGGGAUGUAUUUAAACUUAUCAUUAGUUUGUUUGCGGAUCUAUCUGAUAUUGCAAGUCCAUUCUUUUCAAAAAGGGUUAAAGUAUUGGACACCGUGGCUCAAUUAAGGUGCUGUGUAAUAAUGCUGGAAAUUGACUGCAUAGACCUGAUUCUCGAGAUGUUCAAUAUUUUCUUCUCAGUUGUGAGAGAUGAUCACCAUGAUAGUUUGAUUUAUGCCAUGUCUUCUAUAAUGAUAAACAUAUUGAAUGAGAGUGAGGAGGCUUCUCAACAACUAUUGGAAGUGAUUUUAAUAAAUCUUAUACAGCGGAAAAAAGAUGCAACUCGUGCUGCUUAUCAACUUGCUGCAUCAGUCAUCAAAACUUGUGCACAAGAGGAUGAGCUGAACCCCCUAGUUUGUAGGUUUUUAACUUCUUGUAUACAUGACAGAGACGCUGUGGACUGUGAGCUUAAAGAAUUUUACCAUGAAAUUAUCUUUGAAGUUUUUCAGUGUGCCCCUCAGAUGCUUCUUGCAGUCAUCCCAAGCUUAAUUGAAGAAUUAUUGGCUGAUCAGGUUGAUGUUCGGAUAAAAGCUGUCAAUUUGGUGGGGAAGCUUUUUGCACUUCCUGAACACCAUGCUGCGCAGUUGUAUCAUGAUCUUUUUGUGGAGUUUUUGAAAAGAUUUUCUGAUAAAUCUGUGGAUGUUAGAAUUAGUGCUCUACAGUGUGCCAAAGCUUUCUAUAUGGCAAAUCCUUAUGGUAGAGAAUCAAAUGAAAUUAUCACUUCUGUUGAAGAUCGACUAUUAGACGUUGAUGACCGAGUGAGAAUGCAGGCAGUUCUUGUUGCCUGUGAUAUUUCCUGCUCAAACCUGAAGCAUGUUCCAUCCAAACUAAUAUCUCAAACCACUGAAAGGCUUCGCGAUAAAAAGAUAUCUGUUAGAAAGAGGGCCUUGCAGAAGUUGAUUAAAGUAUAUCAAGAUUACUGCAAGAAAUGUUGUGAAGGCAGUAUGACAUUUAGUGAUCACUUCGAAGAUAUUCCAUGUAAAAUUGUGAUGCUUUGCUAUGAUAAAGAUUGUAAGGAAUUCAGGUCACAGAACAUGGAAUUUGUUCUUGCUGAUGGUUUAUUUCCUGAGCAUCUUUCUGCUGAGGAAAGGACAAAGCACUGGAUACACAUGUUUUCACUUUUCAGUUCCCUUCAUGAAAUGUCACUGAAUGCUAUUUUGACUCAAAAGAGAAGGUUGCAAAAUGAAAUGAAAAACUAUUUGGCUAUGCGGAAGACAUUGAAGGAAAUUUGUUCUGAAGAAAUACAGAAGAAGAUUGAAAGUAUGUUUACAAAAAUGGCAGCAUUCUUCCCAGAUUCUCACAAAGCUGAAGAGUGCCUCCAUAAGUUAGACCAAAUUAAAGAUAAUAAUGUGUUUAAAUCACUUGAAAGAUUGUUGGAGGAACAAACUUUCACAAUUGGACAAGCCAUUAAAGAUGAUCUUCUGGUAAUGAUUGGAGAUAACAAUCCAAAUUAUGAGUUUUUACGUUUACUCUUCUCCAAAUGUUCAUCCAACAUUUUCAGCUCAGAGCAUGUCCAGUGUAUCUUAGAUUAUCUUUCCAAUAGUGAAAGUGGAACUAUGAACUGGAAGGAUUCUUCUGCAAAUCUUCUUCUGGCUAUUGUUAGUAUGUUCCCCUCAAUGCUGAAAGGCUUUGAAAAGCAAUUGCAAAUGUUGUUGGAGCAUGAAAGUCCUGUUAGUGAUAAGCUGAUGGAGGUUAUAACAAAGGCAGGCUCUCAUAUUUCUCUCAACCUCAGUGUUAUUUAUCCGUUUCUUGAGAGAAUGUGCUUGGGUGGAACUCGCAGACAGGCCAAAGUUGCAGUCUCUGCAAUUGCUACCUUUAGUUCCGAGCAUUCUGUUUUCUUAAACUUAUUUGAGGAACUAAUUGAUUCUUUGUAUAGCCAGUGGAAUGUCCCAACAAUUUUGCAAUCUCUGGGAUGCAUUGCACAAUACUCUGUUUCAACUUUUGAAACUCGAGAUGAAGAGAUCACAUCAUAUAUAUGCCAGAAGAUUAUUCAAAUGGAGCACUUGGAUGAUGGUCAUGGUGCGACAUCCUUUCAUGAUACCUCUCAAUGUAGCAAAUCUUGUCAAUUAAAGAUUUAUGGGCUGAAAACACUGGUAAGGAGUUCUUUGCCUUAUCAAGGGAACCACGUCAAACAGAAUAUUAAUGGAUUGCUGGACAUUUUGUCAAGAAUGAUAUGCGAAAGUGAUAAUUUUGUUAGUACAGAUACAGGCUCAUGUGAAAAUGAUAAGGCUCAUAUUAGAUUAGCUGCUGCAAAGGCAAUUCUUCGUCUUGCUAAGAAGUGGGAUUUACGUAUUACUCCAGAGAUUUUUCGCUUCACUAUUUUGAUUGCGAAGGACUCUUCUUCUUUUGUUCGGAGCAAAUUUCUUAGUAAAACACAAAAGUUGUUGAAGGAGCGUAAACUACCUAUCAGAUUUGCUUGUGCUUUUGCAUUGGUAGCGACAGAUGGCAGCGAGGAUCUGCAAUAUCAUAACUACAAAUAUAUGGCAGAGUUUAUUAAGGAUUACAGUAUAGUAGCUCGUAAACGACAAACUUCUGCUGUUCAAGGAGCAAUAAUUGAUUACCCUGCAUACAUUUUGGUCUUCUUGAUCCACGUGCUUGCUCAGGAUAGUGACUUUCCAUUUGAUGUCUGUCAAGAUGAAAAACUGUAUGCUGACCUUUGUAGUCCACUUUUCUUUGUCCUGCAGGCAUUGCUUGAUGCCAGUAUUGUUGAUGGUGACCUAGACCUUGUUAAUGACGCUGUCGUACAUCUAUUUAGUAUUUUUAGAGCAAUCAGAAAAGUUGAGGAUGCUUUUGAUGUGCAGAUGACUACUAAGCUGCACAUGCUGGCUGAAAUUGGAAUAUUUACUUUAAAUGCCUUAAAUCAAAGUAGAACUUCUGUAUCGCAAGCCCCUGCACAAGUUUUGCUGCCUUCAUCAUUAUAUAGAGUGAGUCUCACUAAGAACAGUGCUAAUUCAAAAUGUCCGAGGUCCUUUUUUGAUGAAAGUUUUCUACGUAGCAUCUUUCACACACUUGAAUCUAAUGCCCCUCAUGCAUAUGCUCAAAAGCCUGCAAAAUCACUUCCUAAGCAUGGUCGCAAGGGUCAACAGGAUGUCCCAAAGCCUGACAUCAAUAUUUGUGGUGUACUGGACUUGGCAUGUAGCAAACCGGACGAUUUGUCAAGGAGAGCAAUAACAAACGUUAAAACUGUGAGGGCUGAUAUUCCUUCAGUAAAAAGGAGAAAACAUGUGCCUUUGUCUGGUUCUGGAUCAAUUGGUUUGCAUGAAUGCUCUACAAUUGAGAAACUGCAAAAAUGUGUAUCAAAACAUUGUGAAAAAACUUUAGAGAGAAACCUGCUUUCAUGUAGUGAUUCUGAGGGCUAUAAGGGUUCUCUGGCUGAAUCAUGCGUGCCAACCCGUAAAUCGAAAAGAGCUGCUGCUUGUUAUCUGAAAAAUGCGGUGACUAGUAGUACUGUUCAACAUUUCAAAUGCCCGAGAACCAAUCUCAAAGAUACAUGUAGCUCAAAGAAGCACGAUAUACUGGCAGAUGAUUCAAAUAAAAAUAAUUUCUGCCGCUGUGAUCCUGGUGAACAUUCUUCUCUCACUAGCAUAAAGAAAAGUACUGCUACAACAGGAGGUCUAACAGCCAAAGAGAGAACAUCUCUGAAUCAGGAAAAUAGUAAAUAGUGCAGCAACCAGCAAAUCGAUCUCAUGGCUGAUAUUUGUUUGUAUGCCACCUGAAA